UGGUCCGGGACGCGUUUGUUUGCGGAAGUGAAGGGAAGUAGAAGUGCUGACUCAGCCGAGACCCAAGGGCACGGCGGUGGGGCCUCCCCGCCCGCCGCACGCAAGAUGCAGUUCUUCGGUCGCCUGGUCAACACCCUCAGCACCGUGUCCAACCUGUUCUCUAGCCCAUUCCGCGUGAAGGAGGUGUCCGUGGCCGAGUACCCUGUGGCCGGCCGGGUUCAGGAGGAGGGGCAGCUGCUUCUGUUCCGGAAUGGGUCCAGUCGCACCUGGGACUGUGUCCUUGUCAACCCCAGGAACUCACAGAGUGGCUUCCGGCUCUUCCAGCUGGAGUCGGAGGCCGAGGCCAUAGUGAACUUCCAGCAAUACUGUGCCCAGCUGCCGCCCUUCUACGAGAGCUCUGCGAACGUCCUGCAGGUGGAGGUCCUGCAGCACCUGACCGACCUCAUCCGCAACCACCCCAGCUGGUCGGUGGCCCACCUGGCAGUGGAGUUGGGGAUCCGAGAGUGCUUCCAUCACAGCCGCAUCAUCAGCUGUGCCAACAGCAGGGAGAAUGAGGAGGGCUGCACGCCCCUGCACCUGGCCUGCCGCAAGGGCGAUGGGGAGAUCCUGGUGGAGCUGGUACACUACUGCCACGUGCAAAUGGAUGUUACCGACGACAACGGGGAGACCGCCUUCCACUACGCCGUCCAGGGGGACAACUCCCAGGUGCUGCAGCUGCUGGGGAAGAACGCCUCCACCGGCCUGAACCAGGUGAACAAGCAAGGCCAGACCCCACUGCACCUGGCCUGCCAGAUGGGGAAGCAGGAGAUGGUCCGCGUGCUGCUGCUGUGCAACGCCCGCUGCAACGUCAUGGGGCCUGGUGGCUACCCCAUCCACACAGCCAUGAAGUUCUCCCACAAGGGAUGUGCUGAAAUGAUCAUCAGCAUGGACAGCAAUCAGAUCCACAGCAAAGAUCCUCACUAUGGAGCCAGCCCCCUUCACUGGGCCAAGACUGCUGAGAUGGCCCGCGUGCUGCUGAAACGGGGCUGCGACGUGAACAGCACCAGCUCUGCAGGCAACACCGCCCUGCAUGUGGCUGUGAUGCGUAGCCGCUUCGAAUGUGUCAUGGUGCUGCUGACCUACGGGGCCAAGGCCGAUGCCCGUGGGGAGCACGGCAACACCCCGCUGCACCUGGCCAUGUUGAAAGACAACGUGGAGAUGGUCAAGGCCCUCAUUGUGUUUGGGGCAGAAGUGGACACCCCAAAUGACUUUGGGGAGACUCCUGUCACCAUAGCCUCCAAGAGUAGCAAGCUGGUCACCAGGAGGGCGCUCUUAACUCUGCUGAGAACCAUAGGGGCCGACCACCGCCUCUCACUCCCCUCGGAGCAGGGCGCCACCACAGCGCAGCACUCCUUCUCCCAGGAGAGAGCUCAGCCCCCACCGGUCAGCCUGAACAACCUAGAGCUUCAGGACAUCGUGCACAUCUCCCGGGCCCGGAAGCCGGCCUUCAUCCUGAGCUCCCUGCGGGACGAGAAGCGGACCCACGACCACCUGCUCUGCCUGGACGGCGGGGGUGUGAAAGGCCUGGUCAUCAUCCAGCUGCUCAUCGCCAUUGAGAAGGCCUCAGGCAUCCCCACCAAGGACCUCUUCGACUGGGUGGCCGGGACCAGCACAGGGGGCAUCCUGGCCCUGGCGAUUCUACAUGGCAAGUCCAUGGCCUACAUGCGUGGUGUGUACUUUCGCAUGAAGGACGAGGUGUUCCGGGGCUCGCGGCCCUACGAGUCAGGGCCCCUGGAGGAGUUCCUGAAGCGGGAGUUUGGAGAGCACACCAAGAUGACGGACGUCAAGAAGCCCAAGGUGAUGCUGACGGGGACGCUGUCUGACCGGCAGCCGGCCGAGCUCCACCUCUUCCGGAACUACGAGGCCCCGCAGUCCACACGGGAGCCUCGCUUCAGCCAGAAUAUCAACCUAAAGCCUCUGACUCGGCCCUCAGACCAACUAGUGUGGCGGGCAGCCCGAAGCAGUGGGGCAGCCCCCACCUACUUCCGGCCCAACGGGCGCUUCCUGGAUGGCGGGCUGUUGGCCAACAACCCCACGCUGGACGCCAUGACCGAGAUCCAUGAGUACAACCAGGACUUGAUUGGCAAGGGUCAGGGUGACAAGGUGAAGAAACUCUCCAUCGUCGUCUCUCUGGGCACAGGGAGCCCCCAGGUGCCUGUGACCUGUGUGGAUGUCUUCCGCCCCAGUAACCCCUGGGAACUGGCCAAGACGGUUUUUGGGGCCAAGGAACUGGGCAAGAUGGUGGUGGACUGUUGCACAGAUCCAGAUGGGCGAGCUGUGGACCGGGCCCCCUGGUGUGAGAUGGUGGACAUCCAGUACUUCAGAUUGAACCCCCAGCUGGGGGCGGACAUCAUGCUGGACGAGGUCAGCGACAUGGUGCUGGUCAACGCUCUCUGGGAGACCGAGGUCUACAUCUACGAGCACCGCGAGCAGUUCCAGAAGCUCAUCCAGCUGCUGCUCUCACCGUGAGGCUGCCAGGCCCAGCUGUGCCUGCCCGGGCCAGCUCCCCUCCACAGACUGGCCUCGAGGGCACCAGUGCCUGGCCCAUGGCUGGUCCCGAAGGCCCCUGUUCCUCUGUCCCCACCUCUGGCACUGUUUGUCAUUCAAGGCUGCCUGUCUCCAGCAGUCCGCGCCUCACUGGGGCCCUUGCCCUGGUCACCAAGGACAACUAGUUCUUGGGCCCUCGCCCCAUCUGCUCAAACACUAAGGGUGCCGGUGCACCCCAACCCUAACUCCCAGGGGCUCUAGGCUCUUCCUGGUCCCCAGGGGGUACAGCUGCUCCUCCCAUCCCCUGCCCUCAUCCCUGGAGGUGGGGGCUAGAGAAAAGGGCCAUCGCCCCACCCCAUCAGCAGGGACACUCCAGGAAUGGGGUGCUGCAUUCGACUUUGCACCCCCACACACACCCAGCUGCCGGCCCUCCCCCAGCUGCCCCACCCCGCGAGUGCUUCUUGGCGAUUUCACUCAUUAUUGUCCCUGGCAGGAGGUGGUUUAUGACCGGGGAGGGGCUCUGGGGCUGCCUCCAACCUCAAAUAAACAGCUCGGC